GUGUUUCGUGUUACCAAUAGUGAAUGCAAUAUUAUUUAUUUUCACCCUACUAAACGGAGCGUUAAUGCAUUCCCGGGUUUAUAGGUUUGGCUGUUGCAAGAUUUAAGUGUAGGUAGGCUAAUACUGACCCACGGUCAACAACAAAAGAAUCAAAUCUGAUGUGAGAACGAGCACCACACGGGGACUGGAAAGUUGCCAAGGGGCUCCAAACGACAACGACGACGACGCAAAGUGCGACGUUGGUUGUGUUCCAAUACCAUCUCCUCCAGCAUUGAGACAAGCUCCCGAACAAGCAGAAUUCAGAAAUAGUUUACUCCCAAUCGCAAGUUUAAAAUCAGGGGCACUGUUUCUCAUCCAGCUGUAUACACAUAUUCCGUUCUGGUCAUCUGAAGUAUGCGCGAUCAGCAACGAAAAGCAUUGAUCUAAUAAGUGCAGGAAGUUUUGCGCGUGUGUGCGUAGAAAAAAGUGUAUUUGUGCAUAUUUGUUUGUGGCCCAGUAACAAUCCAUCAGCGUGUGCCCACGGUCAUCGUAAAUGCGGUGGUAAUAGCAGCACACGUACAUUAAAGUGGUAGUCUGGCUGGGGUGGGGCAGGAAGGAAGGCAGACAGGCUGGUGGAAAAAAGUGUAGAGUGCAAGGAAAGGCCAACCACCACCACCACCACCGUGUCAGGUGUCAGUCGGUAACCCCAGCGGAGGCUGACUACUCUACACAGCGCAGCAAAACAAUCACAUCACCGACGAGGACGGCGGCCUAAAACGGCAAACGGGGAGCUAAAAGAUGAAUCGAACGGACGGGCUUGUGAGACGUGUAAAAGCACGCGACACCGAAUCAAAUGGAGGAUCAUCUUCAUCUGCGGCGAAUAACGUCGAUCAGGAAGAUAACAAGGUAGACAAGGAGGAGGAGAUGGAAGACUGCGACUCCAAGGAAACGCGGCUAACGUUGAUGGAAGAGGUGCUGCUGCUUGGGUUAAAGGAUAAAGAGGGUUAUACAUCAUUUUGGAAUGAUUGCAUAUCGAGCGGAUUGCGUGGUUGCAUUCUGAUCGAAUUGGGGCUGCGUGGACGCAUCGAACUAGAGCGUGCCGGUAUGCGAAGAAAGGGUUUGUGCACGCGGAAAAUCAUCCUCAAAUCCGACACACCAACCGGUGACGUACUGCUCGAUGAGGCCUUGAAACAUAUUAAAGAAACGUACCCACCGGAAACCAUUCAGAGCUGGAUCGAAUAUCUAAGCGGGGAAACAUGGAAUCCGCUUAAGAUACGCUAUCAACUGAAAAAUGUCCGCGAACGACUAGCGAAGAAUUUGGUCGAAAAGGGUGUACUAACGACGGAGAAACAAAAUUUUCUCCUCUUCGAUAUGACGACACAUCCCCUAACUGAUAACGUUAUCAAGUGCCGGUUGGUGAAAAAGAUACAGGAUGCGGUCCUAACAAAGUGGGUAAACGAUCCUCAGCGGAUUGGCAAACGAAUGCUGGCAUUGAUACUGCUAGCGCACGCCAGCGACGUGCUGGAAAAUGCCUUUGCGCCACUCAACGACGAAGACUACGAGCUGGCGAUGCGACGGGUAAGGGAGCUGCUCGAUCUUGACUUCGAAACGGAGUCCUCCAAAUCGAACGCCAACGAAGUGAUUUGGGCCGUCUUUGCGGCCUUUACCAAGUAAGAUAAGAGCAAACCCUUCCUAGUUCUGCCUAGACGCAAUAUAGCGACCGCGCGCACUCACACACACAUACAUGGCACUGUGCGGAAGACAGAGCAAUACCAGUCUGUUUUUCCGACGGAACGCAAUUGUGCUACGAUUCACAUGUAUAUGUGCGCUUUUGGGGAUACAAUAGCCCUCAUUUACUGUAAAACCGAUCUCCGUACGCUACAUCAACGUGGCACACGAGUAGAGGGAGGAUCCUCUGCGGAUAAACAAGAUACGAUGGGAGUGGAUGGCAGGUGCUCAGGAGUAGUAAGAUUUACCAAUCAGUUUGGUUUGUUUCCAACGGUUUUUCCGAAGGGCGUGCAGUACAUGAAUCCAAACUCCUAGUUGUGGCCAAUAGGAUGGGACCACUAGCAAUCAGCUCUAACAGCAGCAGCAGCAGCAAACAGUAAUUAACACAACCUUGCCACGACCACACGAAUUUGCAAGUGAGAAAAAAAUUGAGUUAAUACAAUUGUGAUUUUUUAGUAAGUUUUUGAACGCAGCGAUGCAAUUAUAAUGAAAUUUUUGCGAUAGCGAUAAGCUUACAGCCGGAUAACAUUAGGGGGAAGCUGUGGUCGUUUUCGAAACACAUGCUUACAUCGCAGGAAGUAAUCGAUUGAAACAAUAGCCAUUGCAAACGCCGUAACAUCUUCCGGCACGUAUAAAGAUCGUUUAAACAAAACAAUAACAACCGGGCGCUUUCGUGGUACUCCAUGCGUGCGAUGGUCACAAACGUAACUACUGUAACUAAACAAAACAGUUAUUGAUUUGCUGCUGUAUUCCCACAAUCGAGUAAAAUUAGCCAAGCCUUGCAUGCAUUCAAGUUCGCCGUAACGGAAGCAGAUGACACAAUUUAACUAAUACCCGCAAAACAUUCGAUAGUCAAGGUACUGAAAUGUUAUUCGUUUCACGAAUAGCUGCAUCUUCUAAGUUUUGUUGGUAAAUAUAUCAAAACCUCUAGUACACACUAUUUCAAACUGUUGUUUACUGUUGCUUGAUUAGCUGCGUAAAGGGUUUAUUAUUAAGCAAAAACAUUUCAGUUCCGUACUUUCCUAACGUUCCACAUACUUUUCAUCGAAAAAGGAAAGCAACACAUAACAUACAUUUAUCAGCAAAACCAACCAACUUGUACUGUUCGAUUUCAAUGUUCGACCGUACACGUGAUAAUCGUCUGCAGUGUAGUGUGUACGGAGGAAUUCCACUAUUGAACGAACGAUAGUUUUGUUCCGUUGCGUUUUGGAAACUUGAUUUUAUAGGUGCAAAAGCAAAAUGACCGAGAAGAAUAUUACCGAACAUGAAAGGUUAGGACGUUUUUUAAUCACUUAUCUAGUUAAAAACAUUUUUCAAAAUAUCUAUAGCAAUAGAAGCAUAGCUAACCGUUGCUGUAGGGCAUAAUUGAGCGCGCUGAGAAGGGGACAAGUAAUCACGAAAAGAAAGUCAAUAAAGAACGAUACGAUACUGAGUUUGAACAUCACGUAAAUUCCGGUCCCCAAUCCCAAACACAAAGCUAGACAAGCGUGCAUUAUGUCCACCUUUUUGGAAACUGGAUCGAAACACUAGGAGCCCAAAAGCAAACUAAUUGUAAAGCGAUACGAAACAUUCUUCACUAUCGUGUUUAAGGAUAGAGCGAUACUUUUUUCUAACUUUGUUUUCCGUUGUUUUAGUAAAUUUUAUUUAAGUGAUUUUUUCUCUACAAUUAACACAUGUAGCGAUAGUGUAAGGAAACAAGUUCAUUCGUUUCGGUUAAGGGCUUUCGAAAUUUGAAAUCAAACAAUCUGAAAGUUGCAUAAUCUGAACAUCUCGAGGCGCGGCGUGUGGAUGCCCACAAACGGGAGUAGCGCUGGAAUAGGUCCUUUUCCUGCAAUUACAACGGAUUUAAAUAGACAACUGAAACAUGUACAUAGCGAAACAGACAGCGUAGGUCGAACCUAUUGUUAAAGUAAAUAAGUAAAACAAGAUAUGUAAAGAAAUAAAAGUAUAAAUUGGUUAAAAUCUU